AUGGGUUGUAACGCUUAAAAGUAAGGCAAAUAAUAAGAAAAAUAAUCAAAAGGCAAUUAAAAAAGUUUGCCUGAUAUAUAGGAAGAACUUUAAUAGAAACCUAAACGAAAUUCAGAACCAGCUACAAAAGAAAAAUAAAAUUUACAAUCUCAAAACCAAGAUAAAAAUAAAGUUUCUUAAUUAUUCUAAUUGGAAAAUUAAUAAGUUUACAGAAAUAAAAAAUUUCAAUUAGACUAUUACAUUACAAAUGAGUAGUUAUAAAGCUAAAACAAUGAGGGUAAACUAUUUACAGUGGAACAUAAAGUUACUGGAUUAAAAAGAAUUGCUAAAAUAACAAAAAAUGUUUUAACUGAAGGUUAACUGUAAGAAUACAUAGAAUAUAUUCAAUCUAUAAAAAAAUUAGUAAUUAAGAAUUUUAUAAUAGGAUCAUCCAAAUAUUAUAAAAUUAUUUGAUUUUUAUAAUGAUGAGCAUCAUAUUUAUUUGGUUAAAGAAUAUUGUGAGGGUGGUAAUUUGGUAGAAAGUUUGUAGAAUGAAGCCCAUAAUCAAAAUAAAACUCAUAUAACUUUUAUAAUUAAAUAGAUGUUGUAAGCAAUAUUCAGCAUUCAUUUAUAAAAUUUGGUGCAUAAAAACAUUACUACGAAAAAUAUUUUAUUGGCUUAAAAGUCCAAAUAUUUUGCAAAAUUAUGCGGUCACGAUGAAAUUUUUUACAAUCAUCAAGAUUUAAAUACUGAGAUAAGCUAUAGAGCCCCUGAAACCUUUUCAGAAUCAUACAAAUGGUCAGCAUCAGCAGAUAUAUGGUCAAUAGGAGUUGUUUUAUAUGAAUUAUUAGUUGGAAUCCAUCCUUUUAAAGAAAAGUAUAAGAAUUUAACUUUUGAAAAUAUUAAAGAACAAAAAUUUAAACGAUUAGAAGAUUUAAAAAAAUUAGACUUAGAAGCAUAUUCUUUAAUUAUUCAAAUGUUGAAUUAAGAUUCUAGAAUUAGACCGACUGCCAAAGAAUGCUUACAUCAUAAUUAUUUUAAAACUUUAAAAUAAUCUUCAUUAAAUGUUUCAGGAGUUUUACUUAGGGCGAAGAAUUUUAAAAGAAAAAAUGAACUAAAAAUAAUUUUAAUAAGUUUAAUGAUAGAUUAUUUAUUACCUAAGGAUGAAAGAGAUGGAAUAGCUGAAACAUUUAACAAACUUGACAAUGAUAUGGAUGGAAGGAUUUCAAAAAGAGAACUUAUAAAUUUAUAUAAAGAAAAUUUAGGUAAUGAUAAUUUGGCAAAAAAAGAAGUUGAGGAAGUUUUUAAAAAAUUAGAUUUAAAUGAAAAUUCAUAUUUAGAAUUUAAUGAAUUUUUAAUUGCUGCAUGUGAUAAAAAGAAGUUAUUAAGUUAAGAAAAUCUUAAAUUAUUUUUUAAUAAAUUAGACAAAGAUUGUAGCCGUCAAAUUAGUGCUAAUGAGUUAAAAGUAUUUUUUGUUAAAACUGAUCUAACUGAAAGUGAAUGGAAAGAAUUAAUGAAAUUAGGUGAUUCAAUAGAAGAUUAAAAUAAUAAAUUAUCAUAUGAUGAAUUAGUGGCUUUAUUAAAAGAAAAUGAAUGA